UUAGGAAGCCGAAGUGUAGAUUCAGUGAACCGUGUCGAAGUAAAUAUCAACACUACUACCGCGUGGACUUCUACACUGACACACAUGACUGAUCGGCGGCGACAUGACAACCCCCGAGGGACGGAGACUGAAGGAGGAUAGGACCAGGGCCAAGAACUGGAAGCGAUGGGGGCCCUACCUCUCGGAGCGACAGUGGGGGACGGUCCGGGAGGAUUACUCUGAUGACGGGAACUGCUGGAACUACUUCCCCCAUGACCAUGCCCGCUCCAGGGCAUACCGCUGGGGUGAGGAUGGACUGCUGGGGAUCUGUGAUCGGGAGGGACGACUCUGUAUGGGCGUGGCUUUGUGGAACACCAAGGACCCAAUCCUGAAAGAGAGGCUAUUUGGGCUGACCGGCCACCAGGGAAACCACGGGGAGGAUGUGAAGGAGCUGUACUAUUACUUGGACAGUACCCCCACCCACUCCUAUAUGAAGGCCCUCUACAAGUACCCCCAGAACGAGUACCCCUACAGCCAGCUCGAGAACGAGAACCGUAUACGUGGGUUUAUGAUGCCCGAGUACGAGAUUCUUGAUACGGGUGUGAUUGACCAAGGAUACUUUGAUGUAAUGGCUGAGUAUAGUAAGCACACGCCCAAUGAUGUCCUGGCUAAAUACACUGUCACCAACCGCGGGAAGGAGCGAGCCACCGUCCAUGUUCUCCCAACUCUGUGGUUCCGGAACGUCUGGUCCUGGGGUGAGGAUGCUUACUGUUAUGUGAGUCCAAAACCACAUCUCAGUCAAGUUUCUGGGUGUAAAGUAAAAUGUGACCAUCCAACAUUAGGUGAGGACCAGAGUCACCACAUUGACCCCACCGUUGACCAGGCCACUCCACCACCCGCCUUCAUUGGUUCAUUCUACUGGGAGGUGGACAAAGACCAGAGUAACAAAGAACCAGAACUCUUGUUUACCGAGAAUGAGACAAAUCAUAAACGCUUGUUCAAUGUAGACGGCCAGCACUAUUCCAAAGAUGCCUUCCACAACUACGUUAUCAAAGGGGACAAAUCUGCAGUCAAUCCAUCCCAUUGUGGUACCAAGUGUGCUGCACAUUAUGUCUUGACCCUUGACCCAGGUCAAGAGUUCACCAUCAAAGUGAGGCUGUAUUUUCAAUUGGAGGCCCCUAAGACUGAAGUAUUUGGCCCAGAUUUUGAUGAAAUCUUCCAAGACAGACAAAAAGAAGCAGAUUUAUUCUAUGACGAGAAAAUUCCAAUGAGAGACCAGAAGCAGAGACAGGUGUCUCGACAGGCCUACGCGGGCCUGCUGUGGAGUAAACAGUUCUACUACUACGUCAUCGAGGAGUGGCUCAAAGGUGACAGCACUCAGCCGCCACCCCCAGCGUCCAGGCUCAAGGGACGCAACUUUGAGUGGCUCCACCUCUUCAACAUGGACAUCAUCUCGAUGCCCGACAAGUGGGAAUAUCCAUGGUAUGCGUCCUGGGACUUGGCCUUCCACAUGAUCCCAAUGGCUGACAUCGACGUUCAGUUUGCCAAAGAUCAGCUUCUGCUGUUCCUCAGGGAGUGGUACUUACAUCCAAAUGGACAGCUUCCAGCCUACGAGUUCAGUUUCCAGGAUGUUAACCCCCCGGUCCACGCAUACGCUGUGCUGAGGGUGUACAAGGCCUCGGGGCCAAAGAACAAGAGAGACCUCGCCUUUCUCGCCCGCUGCUUCCACAAACUCAUCCUCAAUUUUACAUGGUGGAUAAAUAGAAAGGAUUUGGAAGGUCGUAACAUUUUCACUGGUGGUUUUCUGGGUCUGGAUAAUAUCGGGAUAUUUGACCGCUCUAAGCCCCUCCCAACAGGUGGGUACCUGGUGCAGGCGGAUGCCACUGCGUGGAUGGCCUUUUUCUGCUCCAUCAUGCUGGAGAUCUCCCUGACCCUAUCCCGGCGGGACUGUAUCUACGAGGACAUGGCCAGCAAGUUCUUUGAGCAUUUUGUGGCCAUUGCUGACGCCAUCAACCAGAAGGAUGGAAUAGGUCUGUGGAAUGAGGAGGAUGGGUUCUUCUACGACCACAUCAGAGUGAACGGUAAGAAGACAAUGCCACUUAAGAUCUUGUCCAUGGUGGGGCUGGUUCCACUGUUCAGCUGUAUGGUGCUGAAACAGGACGUGCUCCGGAGACACCCAGGCUUCUACAAGAGGACUCGGUGGUUCCUGAACAACAGAAAGGACCUCUCUCAUCACAUAUCCUUUAUGUGUGACAAUGAGGACUCAGAAGAGCCGGCCCUACUUCUCUCCUUGGUGAAAAAAGAGCAGCUCCAGAGAAUCCUCGCACACGUCCUGGACGAGAACAAAUUUCUGUCUCCGUAUGGAAUCAGGUCACUGUCCAAGCACCAUAGAAAAGAGCCAUUUAUUCUGGAAGCCGGAGGGAAUGCUUAUGGAGUAAAGUAUGAACCUGGAGAGUCGGAGAGCAACAUGUUUGGAGGAAACAGCAACUGGAGGGGACCCAUCUGGUUUCCAAUGAACUACCUACUGAUAGAGAACCUGCGGCGGUAUGACUACUUUUUUGGGGACUCACUGAAGGUUGAGUGUCCAACUGGCUCGGGGAAGAUGAUGCGACUCACGGACGUUGCCCACGAACUCUCUCUCCGACUGUCUAGGCUGUUCUACCCCAACCCUGAGGGAUUCCGUCCCUGUCAUGGUGAUGAAGAGAAAUAUGCCAAAGACCCCAACUUUAAAGAUUUUGUUUUAUUUUAUGAGUAUUUCCAUGGUGACUCAGGACGAGGAUGUGGUGCGAGCCAUCAGACGGGUUGGACAGCGCUUGUAGCCAACCUCCAGAAGUACAUAGCAAUCCGCGAGAAGUGGGUCAGCUCGGUCCACAUGGCACAGCUACGUAAAAUCUCCAACACCGGCAUCCCAUUAGACAUCGACAUAAUGAUGGAUUUCAGCUCCGAGGGCGAGAUGUCCUCGUAACCUGUCAACCCAAGACCUCUGCAAAUGCCAAGAUAUCUGCAUUACUUGUUGACCCAGAAAACUUUUAAACAGAUUUCAGAUAGACAUUCUGAGAUCUGUUUGUUACAGAUCUGAAGAAUGCAAUGUUCGUUUCAUGUUUUUUCUUUUAAGCCAAGAAGAGUGCAUGAAAAAAGCUUUGUUACUAUUUUUUUGAUAAAAUUCUGAAUCCGAUUCACAUGCCGACAUACCUCAGUGUAAACACUGAACUGCUAGCUCCAUGAGCUGUGCUAUGUUAGGGUUUAUCAUUUGGCUCCUUGAUGAGCUGACUGGAUGUGGAUAUGUGUGCUUUUUUGAAAACAUUUAUGUAUAUAAUUUACAGUAUUUCCCCAAUACAUACAAUAGUAUACGGUAUAUCUUUGAGAGUGCAAAUAAUUCAAUCCCAGUUUAUCAAUUUGUGUUAUAUGAACUUGGUCUUAUCUAUACCAUUUUUAAAGUAUUACAUUUUACUUGCUCUUAUAAUCAUUUAUAGCAAUGUUUAUAUAAUACGUAUUUUGUAGAGUGCGUUUUUUUUUUAAAUAACAGUUUGAGGUUGCAAUGUAUAUACCUUAUGUGACUAUUGCUUAAUGUACCAAAGAUAUUAUAAUCUCAGUGGGGUUUUAUAUUGCAUUUUGCAGCCUCAUUGUUAUUAUGAUUAUUUAUCCUAUUAUUUUUUUACACUUUGGAGAAGAUUAUACAGUUUUUCAGUUUUAUUUCAAUUGCAGUCAUUUGAAUGGACGACCUCUCAACAUUUGCUGCCUUCCAUUUUCUGAUUGUUGAUUUAUAUUUUGAAGAGCAUAGGUGAUUGAAAUUUAUACAUUUAUUUGAGUGUUUCCUACGGAAAUGCAAAGAUGUUGUGCUCAUCAUCUUAUUUAUAAAAUGUUUUUAUCAAAAGCAAUAUUUUAACAAUAAAGUGCAAUGAUAGUCUACA